AUGGCUUCGUUGAUCGAAAAUGAAUUUACCAAAGAAAAAGCAAAUUUUGCGCACUCUUUGUAUGGGCAAACUGAUAUUCCACGAAAUGCUAUACAAAAAAUUGUUACCAUGUUUGCUCUAUUUAUUACAAAUGUCUUUAUUUCUUAUUUAAAAGAUCAGUUCAAAAUUGUAUGUGACACCAGUGCUACGAAGAGUUUGCAGUUUGAUGAAAUUUGUAAAGUUUUAGAUGAUAAUUCAAACCCUCUUCAAGAUAUUAUAUCAGAAUACAGAAGAUUCAAACUUUUUUCGAAAUUUAAAUUGUCUAUCAAUCCUAUUGAGUUCAUUUUGGGAAAAAAAUUUGAAACUACUGAAAAAGAAGGUUCUACAGUUACUUCGUUUGUAUCAGCCAAAGCUCAUUGGAUUCCUUUAAAAGAAACCCUUGUGAGAGUUUUCAGCAACUUUGAAUUUUUACAAUUAGUAAAAGGUUACGUAAAACAAUUAUUAGAAGAUACCACCGUUUUAAGCAACUUUAUUCAAGGACAAUAUUGGCGUGAGAAAUUAAAACAUUACAAUGAUAAAUUUGUUUUGCCAUUAAUUCUAUAUCAUGAUGAUUUUGAAUCUGGAAAUGCUCUCGGCUCGCAUCAUGGAACAAAUUCAAUUGGAGUUCUUUAUGCCUUUAUUCCUUGUCUACCUCCUCAAUUUGCUGCUCUUCUUGAUCAUAUUUACACUGUUUUGGUGUUUCGAUCUCACGAUAGGAAAACAUUUGGCAAUUAUAAUACUUUUCGACAUGCGAUUGAUGAAAUAAACGAAAUAACUGCGAAUGGGAUAGAAGUGGAACACGAAGGGAAAAAAGAAAAAAUCUACUUUGAAUUAGGAUUGAUUACUGGCGACAACUUAGGACUAAAUAGCAUAUUCGAAUUCGUUGAAAGUUUUUCGGCAAACUUUUGUUGUAGACUGUGUAAAAUGGCGAAAAGUUCUUUAAAUGUUAGUUGGAAAGAAGAUGAAUCAUUGCUCAGAUCAAAGGAGAAUUAUGAAGCAGAUCUUAAGGCCGACAAUUAUUCUGAAACUGGGAUUCAUGAUAGUUGUGUUUUUAAUGCAAUCAACGGUUUUCAUAUUUGUGUAAAUACGGUCGUGGAUGCUCUUCAUGAUAUUGCAGAAGGUGUUUGUUUUUAUACUAUGCAAGGGAUUAUUGAUAAAUGUAUUUCAGAAAGUUGGUUGACAUUACAAGAAAUUAAUCGAAGGCUAACUACAUUCGAUUUUUCUGCUUGCGGAGAAUCUAACAAACCACCUCCAUUAAAAAAUGGAAAGAUCAAAAUGUCCGCCGCUGAAAUGAUUUGUUUUUGCCGUUAUUUUGGUGUUUUGUUUGGUGAUUUAAUACCUGAUAAUGAUGAGCAUUGGUCUCUAUAUUUAAAACUCCGCGAAAUUGUAGAGAUUGUUACCUCGCACAGAAUUUUACAUGGACAUGUUAGUUACCUAAAAAACCUUAUUGAAGAGCAUAAUUAUCUUUUUUUGAAAAAAAUUGGUCCAUUGAAGCCGAAGAUGCAUUUUAUAUUGCAUUACCAUCGAAUCAUUCGUAAUUUUGGACCACUGACACAAUAUUGGACCAUGCGUUACGAAUCUAAGCAUCGCCAUUUGAAGCGUACAACUAAUAAUCUAGCUGGAUCAGUCAAUAUUACAAAAUCUAUAGCUAUUUCACAAUGCUUCAAAAUCAGUCAACAUGCUUCUAGUAUUGAUGUAUCAAGUGAAAAAUUAGGUUCUAAAGCUCAUCGUUCAUUACAAUUAUUAAUACCACAACAAUACGUUCUUCAGGAUACCGAAUACUUUAAUUGGGUUAUUAUAAAAGGUACGAAAUACGCAUUGGGAAAAGUUGUUUUACUUGAAAUGAUUGAGGAUGAGUUGCCAAAGUUUGGAAAAAUUAAAGUAAUUUUCAAAUUUAACGGUGUAAUAAUGUUUGCUUUUCAACCUUUGAUCACUAAAUGUUUCUAUGAGAAGUAUAAUGCCUACGAGGUCGUCGAAGAUAACUGUUCGAAUGAGAAUCACAUUGUAUCUUCCGAAAAUUUCAAUUGUUCAGAAAUAUUUCCAUUCUUUUACCAAAAUGGACAACAGUAUGUUUUGUAUCGUCACGUAUGA